GCUUCCGGUCGCGAAUAUGUCAGAGGAACGAACAUGUCCAAGUUAAGCAUCUUCUUCGCAGUGUGCGCUGUGGUCUGCCAGAGCGAGGCCCUCAAACUGCCCGACUAUAUAACUCCGUGCUCCAGGAAGGAUCCGAAUUUCAACGAGUGCGCCUUGAAACACGGCAGAGAGGCCAUCCCAAGACUUCUGAAAGGAGACCCGAAAUACGGAGUUCCUGUCCUGGAUCCAAUGUAUGUACCGGAAGUAUCCGUCGAGGAAUCUGGAAUUAAAAUCACUGCGCGGAACUUCACCAUCGAGGGAGCGAGAAACGCCACUCUACAAGACUUCAGGGUGGACUUCGACAAGCUGAUCGUCAGCAUCCAGUUCAUGGCGCCGCAGUUAGACUUCAGAGGAAAGUACGAGCUGUCGGGCAAGCUGGUGUCCCUGCCGAUAAUCGGGAAGGGCGACUUCAACUCUACCUUCAGGGGCCUCAUAGCAAAGUACGAGACGCAGUGCAAUUUCACCAAGAAGGCCGACGGAAAGACAUACCUGAUGCCCCUAGACUACGAAAUGGAGUUCGAGCCGGAGUUUGUAAGAAUCUACUUCGGAAACUUGUUUAACGGCAACAAGUUGCUGGGUGACGCCAUGAACAGCUUCAUUGCAGAGAACUGGCGCCUAGUCCUCGAUCAGAUCGGCAAGCCGGCGUACAGAGCCCUGGGCAUGAUCGUCCACCAGAUCCUGGUACAAGUGGCGAACAAAGUGCCUUACGAUGAGCUGUUCUCCGACACAGACACUGUUUCUGGUUCAUGGGACCUACUUAUCUCAAGAAGGCUGUGCAUUUCAGGAGACCCGAAAUAUGGAAUUCCUGUCCUGGAUCCAAUGUAUAUACCGGAAGUGUCCAUCCAGGAAUCUGGAAUUAAAAUCACAGGGAGAGAGAUCGUCAUAGAGGGAGCCAGAAACGCCAUUCUGGAAGAUUUCAGGGUGGACUUCGACAAGCUGAUCGUCAGCAUCCAGUUCAUGGCGCCGCAGUUAGACUUCAGAGGAAAGUACGAGCUGUCGGGCAAGCUGGUGUCCCUGCCGAUAGUCGGGAAGGGCGACUACAACGCGACUUUAGGCAACCUCACGGCGAAAUACACAACACAGUGCAAUCUGACCAAGCAGGGCGACGGGCGGACGUACCUGAGCCCACAAGAUUACGACCUGGAAUUCGACCCGAAGACAGCAUCAAUGUACUUCGGGAAUCUGUUUAACGGCAACAAGUUGCUAGCGGACUACAUGAAGCCAUGCUCCAGAAGCGAUCCGAACUUCAACGCAUGCGCCCUUCAGCAAGGCCGGGAGGCGAUGUCACGCAUGGUCCAAGGAGACGACAAGUACGGCGUGCCUGUGCUGGACCCGUUGCUGAUCCGGAAGUUAACCACGACCUACAACGGAUUCACAGCGACCACCAGGAACUCCACCGUUGUCGGGGUGAAGGGCGUCGUGAUAGAAGACAUCAGGCCGCAGACUUGUCCCAUGGGGGUGCUCCACAAGUACACGAACGCAUAUGGACGCGUCAAUUUGAAUCUUCAUAUCAGCAAGCAAUCCUUCGGAACCUUUCGCUUUCUCGUCCACAGCUUUGACUUCGACAAGCAGCUCGUCAGGGUGGCCUUUAUGUUCCCAACUCUCCAAUUCAACGGGCUGUACGAAAUGUCCGGCAAACUGGCGGGUCUGCCCAUAAGUGGGAAAGGCGAUUAUGAUCUCUUCUUGAGAUUAAAGAAAUUCCACAUCCCCGUCCUCGAUCCACUGAUCGUGAAGGAGAUAAGAGCAGUAGAAGGACAACUGAACAUGACGGGACUGGACAUCAAAGCGGAAGGGAUGCGGAAAGCCAUUCUGGAGAGCAUCAGUUUUGAUUUCGACCAAAAGAAGGUCGUCAUGGAGGUCGUUGUUCCAGAAGCACACUUCUCCGGCCGGUACGAGGUGAGCGGGAAGCUUGGGGCGCUGCCCAUAAAGGGGAAGGGAACUCUGGACGCCACGUUCUACCAUCUUUACGUCAAGUACGUGACGACUUUCGACCUGACCAAACACGCCGAUGGCCAAGUGUACCUCGAACCAAAGAAAUAUAAGGUGGAAUUCGAUGCGAAGAAUAUGAAGGCCCAUCUCGGAAACCUAUUCAACGGCAACAAAGUGUUAGGGGACACCAUGAACAAGUUUAUCAACGAGAACUGGCGGACACUGAAGAAAGAGCUCGGGCAGCCCACGUACGACGCUCUCGGCUCCAUUGCGCACAAGAUCCUUAGCGACGCCGCUAGGAUGCUGGGAAGCUCAGUCACAUCCCAGAGCCACAAGCGAGAGAUCGAAAUGGAGAAGACCCUCGCCCUCCUCGUCACUUGCUGCUUGCUUCUCAGCGCAACUGCCCUCAAGUUACCUGACUACAUAAAGAAAUGUUCGAUCAAGGACCCCAACUUCGACGCAUGCGCCCUGAAGAACGCAAAGGAAUCGCUUCCGAAUCUAAUCACAGGUGACACAGAGCAUAAGAUCCCUGUUUUGGACCCUCUAUUCGUAGAAGAGUUACGUGUGGACGCCAAGACCAUCAAUUCGUCACUGAGGCGUGCCACAGUGACGGGAUUAAAGAUCGUCUCCCUGAAGAGUGUCAGGUUUGAUUUCGACAAGAAAUCAAUCGCCGUCGAAGCCGUCCUACCAGUUCUAAACUUUACUGGUGACUACGAAGUGAAGGGCAAGCUCAUUGGAAUUCCCAUAUAUGGCAACGGGCCCAUGAAUGCGUCGCUCUAUAAUACUAAAGGAAAUUACCGGACAACUUACGACCUGGCCAAACUCGAUGACGGCGAAGUGUACCUGGUUCUUCAGGACCACAGGCUGACGGUGGACCCAGCGCACGCAACAGUGGAACUCGGGAACCUGUUUGGCGGAAACGAAGUUCUGGGAUAUUACGUGAACAAACUCAUUAACGCGAACUGGCGGGCAGUGCUGAAACAACUUGGAGAGUCGAUAAACGAGGCCUUCGGCCUCACCAUACACAGGAUCUUCAGCGAAGCAGCGAAGACUGUACCUUACAAGGACUUUUUCGAUGAUAUAGAAUGCUCAGUCACAUCCCAGAGCCACAAGCGAGAGAUCGAAAUGGAGAAGACCCUCGCCCUCCUCGUCACUUGCUGCUUGCUUCUCAGCGCAACUGCCCUCAAGUUACCUGACUUCGUGAAGAAAUGCUCCUUGAAGGACCCGGAAUUCAACGCCUGUGCCUUGAAGAACGCAAGGGAAGCACUUCCUCAUAUCGUGAACGGACUAAAAAAAUUCCAAAUCCCGGUCCUAGAUCCAUUGAUUGUGGAGGAGAUAAGAGCGGUAGAUGGACAAAUCGACAUGGCUGGCCUGAACGUCAGAGUGGAAGGGAUACGGAACGCCAUUCUGGAGAGCAUCAGUUUUGAUUUCGACCAAAAGAAGAUCGCCGCGGAGGUCGUUGUUCCAGAAGCACACUUCUCCGGCCGGUACGAGGUGAAGGGUAAACUCCUGACGCUGCCAUUGUCCGGCAACGGACCUUUCAACUCCACCUUCUACCAUCUUUACGUCAAGUAUGUGACGACUUUCGACCUGACCAAACACGACGAUGGCCACGUGUACCUCGAACCAAAGGAAUAUAAGGUACACUUUCAACCGAAGAAUGUAAAGGCUCAUCUCGGAAACCUAUUCAACGGCAACACAGUGUUAGGGGACAUCAUGAACCAAUUUAUCAACGAGAACUGGCGGGAGGUGCUGCAAGAGCUCGGGCAGCCCACGUACGACGCUCUGGGCCUCGUUGUGCACAAGAUCCUUAACAAUACCAUGAGGGUCGUUCCUUACAAAGAUCUCUUCGAUGACACAGACUGAGCAUGUUGCAUGGCAGCAGUGCUUACGAGUUCCUCAUGCUUUCCCGCCCACUAUCUCGACAUUUGCCCAGCAACAUCUGUGGCUGUAACCCGAACAACAUUUAGGAAGUCUGGUGUUGUCGCCAAUGAAACACCGCAUCUCCAGAUGUACGAGUAUUUGAAGGAGAAAGCUCUAGAUCGCAUUAAGUGGAAGAACUGUUUUGGAAGAGACCGUGGACCUGUCGUCUGACAGAUUACUGAUGAAUGAAUAAAUACUCGUACAUCUGGAGAUGCGGUGUUUCAUUGGAGACAACACCAGACUUCCUAAAUGUUGUUCGGGUUACAGUCACAGCAGGGGCGUUCAAACGCAAACGGACACAGCACAGCAGAGAACAAGGACCCACAGGCAUCCUGGCUCCUGCGCCUUACGGCCGAUUAAUCAGAAAAUAAAUAGAAAUACUGGUCUUUAGAUGAAACAACUAUCUACAGAUGGCUCCCGAUUAUCUCUGGAACAGAGGCAAUUUCCUGGAGAGUCCGAAGUUUUGUGCCGUGGAAUGAGGAGCGUCUCGGAGUUUGGUGUGUUCAACCUAUACAUUCGUGUGUAUACAAAGGAUUCAGUCUGACCGCUCUGCACAACAAAGGACAUUCAUUUCUGAUUUGCACUCGUCCACUGUUGUUCUGCAAUUUGUAUCCGUAUCACUGAACAGAGUGGCCUUACGUAUGUGUAUUUAUACCACAUGUAGCAAAGUACUGAAUAAAGUUACUCACCCGAC